AUCCACUCAACUGUCUCUUCCCGAACAAUAAGCAACACAACAAAUAUGGCGGCCAAGUUCGUCGUAGCGAUGGCGUUAUUCGCCUUGUGCCAUUCAAGCCCCGUCCUUAUAAACGGUAUUUUAUACCGUGAUGGACGUGGAUUUUCGCUCGGUCAAGCAUACAGCAGCAACUUCGGUGGCAUGAGUCAAGCCACUGGCACUGCUAGUGUGAACGAUGGCGGCGCUCAAGCGUACGGCAGUGGCUCUGUUGGUCCUCAAGUGGCCCGCAACGAAGGAUUUGGUCAAGUCUACCCCGGAGAGGUAGGGGCUCAAGCUGAAGCUUAUGAUGUUCCCGAAACGCCCAUGUAUGGUUCAGCCAAAGCUGUCGCUCAAGUUCAAGAUGGAGUAUACUACCCCCUUCCUGCUCCUGCAGCAGUCAUCUCCUAUCAACAGAACUUCGAAGUACCUGCUCCCGGUGGUCUUUCUGCUCAGUCUUCUGCUGUCAUGAAUGGCGAUUCUGAGUCUUCUAUUUCGUCUGCCAACUCUAAUGGAGUCGGAAAUGCUCAAUCUUCGGCUCAAACACAGAGAGGCGUUGGGUCAUACGGUAUUACUUCCACGAACGCUAAGACCUCCGGAGGCGCUGGCUAUGCCGCUUCCAAUGCCAACACUGGUUACGGAUCUACUGUAACAGCCGCCAAAUCGCAAGGUGCUGGCUAUGGUUCUGCGUCUUCCUCUGCACAAGGAAAUUCUGGCUCAACACGUUCAACUGCUCAGACCCAAGCUAACGGUGGCUACGGUUCUGCUUCAUCUUCUGCUAAUAACGGUGCCUAUGAUUCCACCUUAUCCUCUGCUAAAACUCAAAGCUACGGACCAGCUAACUAUGGAUCUGCCAACGCAAAUGUGGACAGCGGUUACGGCAGCGCAGUCUCCUCUGCUAAGGCUACCAAUCAGAAGGGCAUCCACUGGCGCUUCGGUACCCUGUAUGACACCCCUUCUAGCUCCGCUAAUGCUAAUGCUAACACCCAAUCUGGAUUCGGAUCAGCCAAAUCCCAGGCCCAGACUCACGGAAGCGGUAGUGGAUCUGCUCAAUCCAACGCUAACGUUCAUGGUGCCGGCCAGGGAUCAGCCAAUGCGAAUGUAAACAUGGGCGGGUAUGGUACAGCUAACUCUGCUGCCAAUAUCAACGGUUCACCAUACGGAGCACUCAAGUCCACCGCUAACACUAAUGCAGGAUACGGAUCUGCCAACGCUAAUGCUGACGUGAACGCUGUCGGUUACGGUUCUGCCAACUCUGCGGCGAACACUCAAGGAUCAGGAUCCGCUCAGUCUUCAGCCAACUUGGGCUCUGGAGUUGGUUUCCAAAGACUAAAUGGCUACGGUGGAGCCAAGACCGUUGCUGACGCUCAAAGUUCAGGAGCCGGUAAAGCGUCGUCUUCCGCUAAGACUCAAGGAUUGACCACAGGUUAUAGAAUCACGAACUCCGCCGCCCACACCUCUGGCUUCGGCACUGCCCACGCCAACGCGCAGAGCGUCUAAUUCUUAUAGAAUAAUCGAAGCAACCACAUCAAGAUGACUAAACAUAAAAUUUAAAUAACUUAUCUUGGUGUAUUUGCAAAGUUUGAAUUUAUUUAUUUAUUUAUUAUUACUUCAAUUAAGUCUGCAUUUAAAUUAUUUUUAAUAUCAUGUGAAUUUUCCGACGAAAUAAACGAAAUAUUCUUU